AUGUCGGCGGGCCCUGGGCCGCCGAAAUCUCCUGCGCCGCAUCCACCUCGACGGGGCCACAGCGUCACUGCCGGGAGAAUGCCGCGGUACAGGAGCGUCCGAAGUGUACGGGAGCACAAGAGCGUGUUGGAUUUUGGCCGAGAUUGGCGGGACUGGGAUGUGGAUAUUUUCCAGGACGACGAGACGGCGUCGAAUGCCACGACGGAUACGGGAACGGCGACAAGCAUUGGCAUUUGUAUCGGCAUCGCCGUCGACGAGGAGGAGGCGAUCCUCGACGAAGCGCAGCCUACCGAAACGUCAGUAUCGACGACGCCGCCGCAGCAGCAGCAGCAACAGCAAGGACCAGCAUCGGCGGCGAGAAGACGCACUGCGCCGUUGCUGUCAUCAUUUGCAUCGACACCGCAAACACCGACGGGAGCACCACAACUGACGCUGCAAUGGCAAUGGCACGAUCUGUUGGCCGCGACGCCCGGCAGAGACGAGAAUAACAACGACAAUGGUAACAAUGGCAAGUUUGCCUUGGACGGAGGAUCUCCCAUCAACCGAGGGAAUGGCGCCGGCGCCGGCUACGGUGGUGUUAGUGGUGCUGGGAAAGGUGUCCUAGCACGCCCCGAUUCCCCUGCACGAGACCAACUCCUCCUCCCGCUCCCCAGCCCUCAUUUGCGGCCUCGUUCGCACAAUCCUACCUCGCUCUUUUCCCACUCGUCAUGCGCCGACCUUAAGCUCUCUGCCAGAGCCGACCACGCUCGUUCCCAGAUCAUUACCAAGCUCGCCCUUCAACCCGUCCCUGACGAGGAACACAUCCGCACCGCCCAGUGGGACCAUCACCUUGCCCGAGAGGACGAACAACGCCAGGGCCGGCGCCAGCAGCAGCGCCAACAAGCCGAGGAGGAGGAAGAGGAUCGCCGUCGCAGGGAGCGGGAAGAGGAAGACGCCGCCCGUUGGGCCCAAGAGGUUACCCGUCUCGAAGAAGAGACCGAUCGCAUCUUGGCAGACCAAAAGGCAAAGGAUCUCGCUCGACUUCAGGCUCAAUUGGAUGCCAUACCCGACGCCCCGCCCCGAGUUCGAAGCCCCAUAGUCGACAAGUUCGCUUCCUUUCUUAGAAAAGGUCGCAGGUCCGACCCUGCCACUCUCACCAAGGCCCCUUCGGCUUACUUUCAACCUCUCACGCUCGAUUGCAGGCCAGUGAGCGACAUGGACCCUUCACGCUUCAUCCAAGCUGGCGGCGGCGGCAUCGUCCCCCAGACCGACGCCCCGGCAUCGGCCAGCAACGCUGGAGAACGCCGGGUGACGAUACGCUGCCUGCAGUCGUCAAUCAGCUUGCCAGUGACGCCUGACACCACUCCCAACGAGCUCUUGUACUCGGCCGCCAAUCUUAUGACCCACAAUAUCAACCCGAAAACCAGUGUCGUGCUAGAGUGCUACUUUUCCUACGGUCUGGAGCGUCGGCUGAGACGCUACGAGCGUGUGAGAGAUGUCAUGAACUCCUGGGAUCGCGACACGCAGCACUGCCUCCUCAUCGUCCCAGGCAGCUCUACAGACAAAGACUCCGACCUGAACCUCGAAGGUGUGCCCCGCACCAUUGAUCCGCCCUCUGGUCUCGUCAAUUUCACCCUCUACCACUGUAAUCGGCCUGGCAAAUGGAACAAACGCUACAUCACUCUCGUCGAGAGCGGACAGGUCUUCUCGUCCAAAAAGAAGGAUGCCAAGUUGUCGGAUAAGGACACCGUCUCGCUUUGCCAUCUCUCCGACUUUGACAUCUACGCAGUUACUGAGAAGGACAUGUUGAAAAACAUUAGGCCACCAAAAAAGAACUGCACUGCAAUCAAGAGCCAGCAGAAAAACAGCGUUUUCCAGAACACCGAAAACUUCAUCCACUUCUUCGCCACGGAUGAUUCCAGGCUCGCUGAAGACUUCCGGAGAAUCAUUCACGGGUGGCGCAGUUGGUAUUUGGUCAACAAGAAGGUUGACCUGACCAAGAAGACAAAAUCUCACCACGGCAGCGCUGAGAAGGCCGCACCGAAAACUGGUGGCCUUGCUAGAAGCGGGACCGUGCACCGGGCCAGGGCGUCUAUCGAUGAGACACCCUACACGAUCGGAACAUUUUCCCCGCUACUCGAUAUGGACAAGUUCGACAAGCCGAUCGAUGAUUACGGCAAGGACUCGGACAGGCCCACAGCGCGACCGGCAGAGCAUCUGUCCACACCCAGGCACACCAAUAAGCUUGUUUCGCGAUCCAGGACUACACACAACGUGUCCCCGCCCGGCGCGAAGAAGCUCAUCGACCCCUUCGCCAAAGACCAGGAGUUCAGGUCUGGUGGCCUGCUGGGCCGCGGCUACGACGGACGCAAACAGCAGGCAGAGAAGGUCGCCGAAGAACAGCAGCACACAUCCGACAGCCCCUUCACAGGGGGCCCUUCGCUUUUGAACCAGGCAGCUGCCGGAGAGAAGAGGCACAGUGCGGUCCUCUCGAUCCGCGGCAGUGGACCCGACACCACCGCGGAGCCGAUCGCGGCCGCCCCCAGCACGUCUGCCCGUCUCAUCACGUCCGAAGACGUCGGACGGGGGUCGUCUUCAGGGAAGCGAGAGAUGCCGCAACCUCUUGUCGACCUGACGCCUAAGAUACCCCAACUGCCCUCGGCCUGGCGAGACGCUCAGGGCCGCGGCGUCAGGGCCCCCAACGGCAAGCCUCUGAUCGAGAUGGCUACGGGCUGGGACCAGCCGGAUGCAGUCCUGGGACCCCAGCUGCAAACCGUCACACGUAUGGGCACCGCGAAGGCCUAUCCUCCCCAGCGCAUGGCAUCUCAGUCCGCCGCGUCAAGACCAAGAAGUCGCUCGACGGCAGGCGGCGGCGCCAUUCGUCGCGUUGUCUCAAACGAGCAGCCUCCCAUCCCGUCGAUGCCGAGACAGUCUUCGAGACGGGACGACGAGGACCUACCACUCAUCAACUUUGUGGAGCGCGACAGAGGGCGUGAUUCGAAGCCCCGCGCGCCACAAGGUCUUGGCCGGAGUGGCACCGUCAGGCACUAA